CUUAACUCACAAUUGCUCUGUGUUUUUCUCAGAGUGCUUUUGGCUAGUUUAUAUUAUGCCUGAACCAGCGAAAUCCGCUCCUGCGCCUAAGAAGGGCUCCAAGAAAGCUGUGACCAAAGCCCAGAAGAAAGACGGUAAAAAGCGCAAGCGCAGCCGUAAGGAGAGCUAUUCCAUCUAUGUCUACAAGGUGCUAAAGCAGGUUCAUCCGGACACUGGCAUCUCCUCCAAGGCCAUGGGCAUCAUGAACUCGUUUGUCAACGACAUCUUCGAGCGCAUCGCGGGCGAGGCCUCUCGCUUGGCGCAUUACAACAAGCGUUCCACGAUCACAUCCAGAGAGAUCCAGACGGCCGUGCGUCUGCUACUUCCUGGAGAGCUGGCCAAGCACGCCGUGUCUGAGGGCACCAAGGCUGUCACCAAGUAUACCAGCGCCAAGUAAACA